CUCAUCCACUACUUAGAGCAUGGGUCUUCAGUUUGCAAAAUGUGAAGGUUAGUCCAGAGGAAUUCCAUGCCAUACUUCUUUUUGGCUGCAUGGAUCCAAGGGAAAUAUGGAUAUGAGCAAGUAACAAGAACACGUCAGCUGCAGUUUACUUUCAUCCUUAAGUGUGUUGCCCUUGACAGUUUUAAUAACUAUUUCUAAGUUACAAAGCUUUGUACUGUCUGUUUGGCUUUUAGUUAAAUUGGCUCCCUGAAAAAGGAAUAUAUGCUAACGCUCAUGCUCCAGUUGCUUUCAAGUAAAGCAGAUUAGCAAUAUCAUGCAUCAUGUCGGUUUCUGCUCAGUAAUCACAAAUGUUGACAUGUUUCUUCAAAAAUGUAUUCACUACAUCUGCUGCUUUCUGAAAGACUGAAAUAGUGGCUCUUUUUUUGGAAAUGGCAUUAAUGGCAUAUUGAUAACCACGUUUGGUUACAAUACACAUUGUGAGAUCCAUAUGCAGAAUAAAAGGCCCAUCUCUCUUUCCAAAUGGAUUGCUAUUAAAACUCUCAGAACUCUCAGCUCUGGCUCAGCUGAGCAGACAAGUGGCCCAGCAGGAGCCGGUUCCUUUGCCUCGACUGUCUUUCACAGUAAUGAGGGCCUUUAGUAUUUGGAAGGGACAUCAAAGGUCAUCUGGUGGCAAGAAGAUCCCACAUCUGACAUCGCAUUUAUCAGAUUCUCCUGGGGAGCUUAAAAAUACAUCCAUCGCCGUCCUUAUGCAGGCCCAGUAAAUCAGAAUACCUGGAAGAAGAACUUGAAAAACAUCAGCCAGAUCUGGGGAUUGCUGAUCUGGUCCAGCUGCCUUCAUGAUUUCAGAUAAAGAAGAGCCAGGGGAGAUCUGUUCUCCAACACCUUACAUCACUCUGCAGACAAUUGGCAGUCAGGAGAGAGGCAGCUGCCACACUCUUCAGAUAUCUAUUUAAAGUUCAAAGAGACGGUGCGUGACAAUUACGAAGAGGUGAGUGUGGCCCUGACCAACCCACCCAGCAACAGGAAGAAUGGCUGAAAAAGAAUCUACACUAUCACACCUUCUGGUCCCUAUUCUUCUCUUGAUUGGCUGGAUUGUGGGCUGCAUCAUAAUGGUUUAUGUUGUCUUCUCUUAGAAAGGCAAGAAGACUUCAGAUUGACUUCAUUUAGAAGAAUUAAGAAAAACAUGAACAUGACAGAUUAUUAAACAUUUCUCAUGUAAAUAACUGCAAUGUUUGACAUCA